GUGAAGUACAAGGAGGAUUAUGAGAGAUCCAGAGGGAAGCUCAUUGGAGCACAGAACGCACAAGGGGACUCUCGGAUGAGCCACUCACUGCAGAUGUCUAAGCUACAGAGUGAACUGGAGUAUAAGAAAGGCUUUGAGGACACCAAGUCUCAGUAUCAUGUCUCCCUGGACAUGAUCCACCUCGCCCAUGCCCGCCAGGCACAGCACUUAGCCACAGACAUAGGCUACAGGACGGCAUCACACUGCUUCACAGCUCUGCCCACAGACAUGAAGGUGGAGUGGGCCAAGAAAGCCUAUGGCCUGCAAAGUGAUAACCAAUACAAGGCAGAUGCGAAGUGGAUGAAAGGCACGGGCUGGGUCGCCACCGGGUCAUUAAAUGUGGAGCAGGCGAGGAAGGCAGGAGAACUCAUUAGUGAGAGGAAGUACCGUCAGCACCCAGAAGCUUUGAAGUUCACCAGUAUUAAAGACACUCCGGAGAUGGUCCAGGCCAGGAUUAGUUAUACCCAAGCAGUGGACAGACUGUAUAGGGAGCAGGGAGAAAGCAUGAAGCACCACUACACGCAGACCGUGGACCUGCCCGAAGUCCUGCUUGCCAAACUAAACGCCAUGAACAUCAGUGAGACACGCUAUAAGGAGUCCUGGAGCCGACUGCGGGAUGGAGGGUGCAAGCUGAGGUUGGAUGCCCUUCCAUUGCAGGCAGCAAAGGCGGCCAGUGAAAUUACAAGUGAUUACAGAUACAAAGAAGCAUUUGAGAGAAUGAAAGGGCAGAUGCUUGGCUCCCGGGGCUUGGAAGAUGACCUCAGCCUCUCACACGCAGUACACGCGACCUCGCUGCAGAGUGGUGUGAAUUAUAAGAAAGCCUUUGAACACUCAAAAGCUCACUUCCAUCUGCCACUGGACAUGGUAACCUUGGUGCAUGCCAAGAAGGCUCAAAACCUGGCCAGCGACCAAGACUACAGACAUCCGCUCCCCCAACAUACAUCCUUGGCAGAAGACCUGAGGCUGAGCUGUGCCAAGAAAGCUCACAAGUUGCAGAGUGAGAAUCUGUAUCGCUCAGACUUGAACUUCAUGCGUGGUGUUCCCUGUGUCGUUCCUGGCACGCUGGAGAUUGAAGGCAGAAAGAAAGCGUCAGAGCUCAUCAGCGAGAGUAAAUACCGCCAACAUCCGGGGUCAUUCAAGUACACAGCCGUGACAGAUACUCCCUACCUUCUGCAGGCCAAGUUCAGCAACCAAAUCACCAAUGAGCGCCUCUAUAAAGCAGCUGGCGAGGACGCGAGACACCGCUACACACCGACCCUUGGUCUCCCCGAGUUCAUCCGAGCGAAAGCCAACGCAGACAACCUGAGCGAGGCAAAAUAUAAGGAGUCUUGGCAUAAUCUUCGUGCUCAAGGCUGCAAGAUGACGAUAGAUGCUCUCCCCUUCCAGGCUGCACGAGCCUCCGGGGACAUAGCCAGUGACUUUCUCUACAGGCACGACUUUGUGAAGGAGCGGGGACAACUCAUUGGGGUCCGCAGUGUGAGUGAUGACCCACGACUACGGCACUGCCAGCGGAUGGGCCAGCUGCAGAGUGAGAAUCGAUACAAGAAGGAGGCAGCCAGCAGCCAAGCCCAGUGCCACCUGCCCAUGGAUAUGGUGCACCUGGUCCAUGCCAGGAAGGCCCAGGCCCUGGCCAGUGACCAUGACUACCGGACACAGUACCAUGAGUUCACUGCACUGCCUGAGGAUCUAAAGAUGGCCUGGGCCAAGAAAGCCCAUGCCCUACAGAGUGAGUUUCACUACAGGUCAGACUUGAUGGGCAUGAAGGGCACAGGAUGGCUGGCUCUGAGAUCUCCCCAGAUUGAGAAUGCAAAGAAGGCUGGAGAGCUCAUCAGUGAGACCAAGUACCGUAAAAAACCAGACAGUAUCAAGUUCACCACGGUGGUAGACUCUCCAGACCUUGUUCACGCCAAGAACAGUUACAUGCACUGUAAUGAG